GGUGUGGGAGUGAAACAAAUAGAGAAGGGAGGGGCAAUAAUGAGAGAGUGGACCAGUGUGCAGGCCUUGGGAGAGGACGAACAUGACCUUGUCGGUUGUUUUGCAGUGUGACUCUUUAAGUGUCAUCAGUCUCUUCUGAAUCAAUACUCAUCACUUUGAUAGAGAGAAAAGAGAGAAAGUACCCACAAAACCAAACCCAUUUGUUUCCUCUGAUGGAUGGGUUUUAUGGGGUUGGAUUGCUGUUAGGAAACACAACCCCAGUUCUCCUCUCUCUCUCUCUCUCUCUCUCUCUCUUCCUUUUGCUAAUAUAAUACCUACACACAUAUAUAUAUAUAUAUACAUGUAUGUAUUAAUGUAGUUAUUAAGAAUUGUAUGAUGUUAAUGGUGCAGCGCAAUUCUAAUGUCUUAACCUACUGUUGAACAAUAGUUUUGAUUAACCAUUGAGGGACCCAUUGAGUCUGAGUUUCGAGUUCCAAGAAUCUUUUUUUUUCUUUUUCCUCCUUAAACUUUGUUUUAAAAAAUAAUAUAUAUGUUUACCCCUCUUCAGGUUUGAGAAAUUGAAAUCUUUUUUCAUUAUCUAAUUAGGGUUUGGUGGGUUUAUCAUUGGCAUCCGCAAGUCCAAAUCAAAAGAAAAAAGAGAGCACAUAUUAAAAAUCCUAGAUUACCCAGUUGAUUAUGUGAUUGAUUGUUGUUUGUUCUUAAGAUUAGCUUUGGGUUCAGAAUCAGAAAAGAGAGACUCUUCAAGGUUAUGAUGAUGAUGAUGAUCUAAGAAGAGAUUAAAAUAGAGGAAAGAGAAAGUUGAAGAGAUCAAAGGGUUUUAGUCUCUUUUAAGGAAGAGAAUUAAAAUGGAGCUGAGAGGGCAAGACAAAGAUAUGGGCAUUUCAAUAGGUUACAGUACAACAACAACAGCAGCAGUCACAGGUAGAAGAAGAAACGAUCAUCAUCAAAGCACAGUUCUCAACCCUACACAGCAAACCCUAGAUCACCAUCUUCAUCAACAAUUGAAUCUACACCAACAAACCCAUGUUGAGGGAAGAGAUCCAAACCCAGAUCCAGAUCCAGAUCCAACUCCAUCUCCAUCUCCAUCUCCAUCUCCAACGAUUGCCAGAGCAUCAAACUCAAAAACACCACCACCACCACAACCGCCGCCGCCGCCGAGUUUGGAGGCUAACAGUGGUAGUAGUGCGUCAUUUCGAUACAGAGAGUGUCUAAAGAACCAUGCCGCGAACAUGGGAUGUCAUGUCGUUGAUGGGUGCGGAGAAUUUAUGCCGAGCGGAGAAGAAGGCACACCUGAAGAAUUGAAAUGCGCAGCAUGUGAUUGCCACCGGAAUUUUCACCGAAAAGAGAUAGAAGGUGAGUUUCAACAACCCGGGACCAAUUCCUAUUACCCCUACAAUCCCAACAGAAACACUACCCAUAGAACCACCACCACAACCCAUCUUCCACAACCGCUUCCUCCUCCGCCGCCGCCGCAUCAUCACCACCACCACCACCGAUAUGCUCCGCCGACGGGUCCAUUUCAGCCGGUGAUGAUGGCGUUCGGCGGCGGAGUUGCAGCGGAGUCGUCGAGCGAAGACCUUAACAACAUGGUUUUUCAUUGCAAUGAUGGAACACAACCACCAAUGGGGAUUGUACAGCAGCCAUUUACGGGGUCCAAGAAGAGGUUUCGGACGAAAUUCAGCCAAGAACAGAAAGAUAGGAUGCAACAGUUUGCAGAGAGGUUGGAAUGGAAGAUCCAGAAGCAAGAUGAGGAACAAGUUCAGCAGUUUUGUGGUGAAGUGGGUGUGAAGAGACAGGUUUUCAAAGUGUGGAUGCACAACAAUAAACAAGCUAUGAAAAAGAAACAACUGUAAGACUAUUAUUUGCAAACUUCCAACCCCUUUUUGAUAUUUUUAGUUUUGGAGUGAGCAGAUUAAUUUAGAUGUUCAUAAUUUCAUCAUCAUAUGAACAAGAAAAUAAAUUACUGAUU